CUUCUUCUCAGCUCCGACAUGUCGCCCACAGAAACCAUUUUAUUGUGUGGAGCCAACGUGCUGAACAUUUAGAGCAGGAGGACGAUUUCAUGCGGGAGGAUCUCUGAAUCGCGGCGGCUUUCAUCAGCAUGUCCUCUCGGGAUGGGUGAAGCAUCUCGUUCGCUUUCUGGGACCGAACUGGUUUGACUGGUGAGCUCUCAGUUUCCCGUGAACCACCGACCGACCGACCGACCGACGGAUGGAUGAUGGAUGCCGCGCAGGUUUAAUCUGUGUCCUCGGUGAAGAUAAAGGAGACGGCCUAAAGUCCAGCUUGGUGGACUGUGGACCCAAAGAUCCCCUGAACAUCUGAUGGAGGACUGUUCACGCCGUCGGCCUGUGCGUCUCUGUGGAUCUGUGCUCUCCUGCUGUGGACUCUGAGGCCUUUCUGAUCGCAGGGCGUAGAUCUACUGCAGCCAUGACUCCUCCACCCUCAUCCACCCUCAAGCCACUUGUUGUCACUGAGCUGCUGCUGCUGCUGCUGCUGCUGCUGACAUCACUUCCUGUGUCAGCUAUGGAGACGGAGACAUGCUUCUCCAGACAACACCAGAACGUCAUCGUCAACCUCAGACUGGCCCUAGCCAGGCCGGCGACGGCCAUGGACCCUCGGGUGGUCCACUCAGAGCGGGACUGCGUCCUCGCCUGCUGCUCAGAGGAAGUCAAACCAGGGGCCAAGUGCAACAUGGCCGUGUUCAACGCCAAGAAACACGCCGGCGAUGAUAACUGCUUCCUGUUCCACUGCCCGACGGAGCAGGACUGUCCUCUAAUGAAGGCUCAGGACGGCAUCAACACCUACGACAUCUACAAAGGCUUGAUUCAUCCAACCACAGUGAGACCAGAGACCACCACCAUCACCACCACCACCACCACGUCGGCCCCAACCACAGUAACAACCACACAACCCACCACCACACAAAGUACAACAACACCACCAACCACCACUACAACCUCUGCAUCAACCACAACACCCACCACGCAGGCUCCUGCCACCACAACAGCACCUCCACCCAUCAUUAUCAUUGCCACAAUGCCUCAGCUAACUUCAACACCUCCCACCACCACCAGCACAACUACAGGUACAACAACAGCUUCCUCCACCACCACCAGCACCACCACCAGCACCACCACUGCAACCGCAAGAAAGACAAACAAAGCCACCAAAAAGCAAAAUAAAGCAACCAAGAAAGCAAAGUCUCAUCCUGUCAGCACCGUCACCACCGCCCGGCCAGCUCAGAGCUCCACCACAUCACUUCCUGUCACACCGGCCAACGAAGAGGCUGCACUGAGAACUACUGAUAAACCACAACCCAACUCUGAAACUACCACUUCCACUACUACAAUUACUCCCACUUCCACUACUACAAUUACUCCCACUUCCACUACUACCACUCCUCCCACUACUACCACUACUACAACUACUACCACUACUACAACUCCCGCUCCAACUACUACCACUACUACAACUCCCGCUCCAACUACUACCACUACUACAACUCCUACAACUCCCGCUCCCACUACUACCACCACUACAACUCCCACUACUACCACUAUGAGUACUACUACAGCUCCCACACCUUCUACUACCACCACGACUACUGCUCCUACUUCUUCCGCUUCUACUAGUAGCCCUCAACUUACUACAACCAUCACCACCACCACCGAUUUGCCCACCAUGAGGACGACUCCAGCAGCAAGUCUGGUCAUCGUCCCCAAAGAUGCUGUCCAGUCCCACCACAGCCUCCAGAACUCGAGUGCUGGGCGUGGGAAAGUGGAGGCGGCGCAGGGGGCGUUGAAGAGUGGCGUGGUGGCCUUCAUGGUGCUGGGACUCGCUGUGCUCACGCUGGCCUUAGCCAUCGGCGGCCGUAAGGCGAUGGAGUCCUUCGACAGACGCCACUACACGAGACUGGAGCUCAAUGACCUGCACUAUGAGGUGUGA